AAUGAUAACACAACAGUUGGUGAACGAAUGUCAAAAUGAUAACAUUACUCGCCAGCUGAGAGUAGAAUUCUGUUAACAUAUAAACGCCGCAGAAACAUUAACACGAAACGCAUUUAACAUUUUCCAUUCAAAGAUUUGCAAAUAAACAAAAACAACAACAAUGGCUCUCGGUUCUGAUGCUAUCUUCCAACAAAUGAUCGAUGGAAUCAAAGGCAAUGAAGCCAAAGCUAAGGCUGUCAAUGGUGUUUUCGUUUACAAAAUCACCAAGGAUGGCAAAGUUGCCAAGGAAUGGACUUUGGAUUUAAAGAACGCUAAGGUCUAUGAAGGUCCAGCCCAAGGUGUCAAAGUUGAUACCACCAUCACCGUUGCUGAUGAAGAUAUGGUUGACAUUGGUUUGGGCAAAUUGAACCCUCAAGCCGCUUUCAUGAAGGGCAAACUCAAGAUUGCCGGCAACAUUAUGUUGACCCAGAAAUUGGCUCCCUUGUUGCAAGCUGCCAAGGCUAAGUUGUAAAUUCCCUUUGAAGCGACAAUCAUUCAAACACCUGCUGCUAUAAUAAUUCCUUUCUUUUUUAUAUAAAUAUAAGAAUAAUAAUAAUUUAGUGUAAUCGAUUUUGUAGUGUUGUUUUCUAUGAAAGAAAAUAAAAAAAUAAUAAUAUAUGGGAAAAUGUAUGUUGUAUAUUUGCAAAUAACAAGAAAAUGUUGAAUGUUUUAAAUGUGUAAUAAAAAUCUACUUUUAUAAAAAAAAGAAA